AUGGUCGCUAAGCUUGGCAUCAACGGUUUUGGACGCAUUGGAAGACUGGUGUUCCGUGCUUCUCUUGAGAAUGAAGGACUUGUGCCUGUCGCUAUCAACGAACCCUUCAUGGAUCUUGAAUAUAUGAUGUAUCAGCUCAAGUACGAUACUGUCCAUGGAAGAUUCCCCGGGACUGUCGAGGCAAAGGGGGACAAGCUCGUGGUUAACGGCAAGGAGAUCACUGUGUUCCGUGAGAAGGAGCCGUCCAGCAUUGCCUGGGCAUCCGCCAAGGUGGACAUUGUAUGUGAGUCUACUGGAAUUUUCACCACCCAGGAACUUGCGUCCAAGCAUAUUGCCGGUGGUGCGAAGAAGGUCAUCAUCUCUGCGCCCCCUAAGGACUCCGUGCCGAUGUUUGUCAUGGGUGUGAACCACACCGAGUACAAGCCUGAGAUCAAUGUGUUGUCGAACGCAUCCUGUACUACUAACUGCUUAGCCCCCUUGGCGAAAGUUGUACAUGAAGCUUUCGGUAUCAAGGAAGGUCUGAUGACUACUGUGCAUUCCAUGACUGCCAACCAGCUCACUGUUGACGGACCCUCUCGCGGAGGCAAGGACUGGAGAGCGGGCAGAGCUGCUGGUGUUAACAUCAUCCCCUCUUCCACGGGUGCAGCCAAGGCUGUGGGCAAGGUCAUUCCUUCCCUUAACGGAAAACUCACUGGUAUGGCCAUCCGUGUCCCAACGACUGAUGUUUCUGUGGUCGAUUUGACUUGCUCGCUCGAGAAACCAGCCUCCUAUGAGGAGAUCAUCGAAGCAAUCAAGAAGGCUGCGGACGGUCCCCUCAAGGGCGUGCUUGCAUACACCGACCACGAUGCAGUUUCAACUGAUUUCAUUCAUGACAAGGCAUCUUCCACAGUCGACAUCAAGGCAGGUAUUUCACUCAACCCGACCUUCGUCAAGCUCAUCUCCUGGUACGAUAACGAAUGGGGCUACUCCAACAGACUCUGUGACCUUGCUGCACACGUUGGAAAGACUUGCGGCUUUUAA